AUGGCUUUCGCUGGCUUCAGGUUCGCCGAAAAGGUUAUCAAAGCCGCCAAGGGCGAGACUGGAAUCGUCGAGCCCACCUAUGUUUACCUGCCCGGUGUUCCCGGUGGUGAGGAAAUCUCCAAGGCUACUGGUGUCGACUUCUUCUCAACACCUGUCGAGCUCGGACCCAAUGGUGUGCAAAAGGCCAUCAACAUUCUGGAUGGUGUCUCCCAGGAUGAGAAGACGCUCCUUGAGGCUGCCGUCAAGGGUCUCAAGGGCAACAUCGAAAAGGGCGUCGAGUUUGUCAAGGGCACCGAAGCAAAGCUCUGA